AUGGCCCUCCAUGCAGGCGUGUCUGCGUCGUUACUUAGCGCAAAGAGCACGAUCUUGCCAAACGGGCCAUUGUUCCAAAGGCUUCUGACUAUUGCACACUCGCGACAUGCAGCGACCCCUCUUGUCCACGAUUUGAACGCGAAUAUCACAGCGAAUGCGCAUGAACUGCUGGAAGCUGUUUUGGUCUUACGCUGCGCCAUUCUGGACGCCCUACCGCCAGGCACUAAAGAGUAUCUUCAGCAGGGGCAAGAAGUUUUUCUCAGUCUUUCAGCUGAUGGUGGUUACGACUUCGCUGUUGCUAUUCUUGCGAUUCUCAGCAUCAAUGCAUGCGCUGUACUGCUCAGUACGGCGAUGCCAUCGAGAGAACUACAUCACUACGUAUCCAAGACCAGAUCGCAAAUGAUUCUAUAUACGGAGAAGGGCGCGUCAGCAGCGACUCAGCUUGUCCGCGAUCACGCACACAGCCUGAUAACAUUUGACCUUCAUCGCUUCAGGACUCGUGUUGUUCAAGUUGACGCCAAUCGCGAUUUGCUACCACGUAUUACCAUUUCGCAUCUGCCACAAGCUGAUCCCAACGGACCCGGCAUUAUCAUUUUCACUUCAGGCACGACCGGACCACCGAAGGCAGUUGCCAUUCGUCGCUCAACAAUCACAUCUGGAGCACAAUCGCUGGCGGAUCAGCUUGAACUUCGACCUCGCCACAGGAUUCUGCAUACUUUGCCCGUGCAUCAUGCCACAGGGAUCAACCUGUCCUUCUUCCCUUUCUUGAUGGCAGGAGCAUGCAUCGAGUUCCACACGGGCGGCUUCGACUCGCGGUGGGUGUGGGAUCGGUUUCGACGCGGCGACUUGACUCACUUUACAGGAGUUCCCACCAUGUAUACUCGUCUGAGUCGGUUCUGGGAACAGGAAAUCGCUAAUAUGCCGCCGGCUGAACGGACAACGUAUGCUCACGGGGUAAAGCAGCUCGAAGCUAUGUACUGCGGAACUUCAGCUCUGUCACAUUCGAUCAGCCAAUUCUGGAAGUCGCUCCGUGAUGGACACCCCGUAUUGCAGAGGUAUGGCUCGACAGAAACACAGAUAGCCAUCAACAUGUCAGGCCGGGACGCACUCGAUGUUCCCGACGGCAGUGUCGGCAGAGUGUCGGUAGGAGUCGAGCUCAAAAUCGCAGGCUCUGCAGACGAUACCAACGAGGGUGAACUCCUGGUCAGAUCACCACACAUGUUUGCUGGCUACCUGCACGAUGAUGCAGCGACAAGAGCAGCCCACGACGCGGACGGCUUUUUCAAGACCGGCGACAUAGUCCAGAAACGGGGCGAGUAUUACUUCAUUCUCGGCCGAGCCAGCAUGGAUAUCUUGAAGUCAGGAGGGUACAAGAUCUCUGCUUUGGAUGUGGAGCGAGAGAUCACAAAUCUUCCCUACAUAGGCGAAGUGAUGGUGGUGGGCGUUCCAGACGAUGAGUUUGGUCAACUUGUGGCAGCGGCCGUGACUUUGCGAGAGGUUGAUGAUCACGCUCCAAAAGUCACGCUAAGCUCGUUGAGAGACGACCUUCGGCGCAGACUAGCAGGUUACAAGCUGCCGACUCUGCUUCGUAUAGUUCCUGGAGAGCUUCCGAAGAAUGCAACCGGCAAGGUCGUCAAGAAGGUGUUGGGGCCACUUUACUUUCCCACCGAUUACGCAAAAGAUUGUCAGGUUCAAGUUUGGUCCAGACGUACCGUAGUCGCGAAGAUCUAG